GGCCGCCCCCCACCCCCUGUUACCGUGUGGAGCCGGGGCCGCCCCCCUCUUUCGCCGUGUGGGGGCAGACAAACCCCCCCCCCCCACCGCGAUUUGCUGCGUGGGGUCCCCACCCGUGUCCCGCGGCCGGCGCUGCUGAGGGACCAUGAAGGUGAAGGUGAUUUCUGUCCUGGAGGACAACUACAUGUACCUGGUCAUCGAGGAGAGCACCCGGGACGCCGUCGCCGUGGACGCCGCAGUCCCCAAAAGGUUGCUGGAAAUCAUCAGGAAGGAGGACGUGGUGCUCAGAGCGAUCCUCACCACCCACCACCACUGGGACCACGCGAGGGGCAACGAGGAGCUGGCGAGGCUCUGCCCCGGCCUGCGGGUGUACGGCGCCGACGAGCGGAUCGGGGCCCUGACGCACAAGGUGACCCACGACCAGGAGCUGACGUUCGGGGCCAUCCGGGUGAGGUGCCUGUUCACCCCCUGCCACACCUCGGGCCACAUGUGCUACUUCAUGUGGGAGGACGGCUGCCCGGACGCGCCGGCUCUCUUCUCAGGUGACACCCUAUUUGUGGGAGGCUGCGGGAAGUUCUUCGAAGGGACGGCGGAGCAAAUGUACACCAACCUUACCCAAAUCCUGGGGGCUUUGCCGAAGGAGACGAAGGUGUUCUGCGGCCACGAAUGCACCGUCCGAAACCUCAAGUUCGCCUUGAAAGUGGAACCAGAGAAUGAAGCCGUGAAGAAGAAACUCGCGUGGGCCAAACAGCGGGAUGACGAGGACUUGCCCACGGUGCCCUCCACGCUGCAGGAGGAGUUCCUCUACAACCCCUUCCUGCGGAUCACGGAGGAGCCCUUGCGGAAGUUCACGGGCAAGACGGACCCAGUGGAGGUGCUGAGGACCCUGCGCACCGAGAAGGAUAACUUCAAGAAGCCCAAGGAGCAACCCAAUCCCCAGGCCAUGCUCGCGUUUGACUGGGGACUUUUUAGCCCCUUCCUCGAGAAGAAGUGAGCAGCCGCGGUGGCGGCUGCCGAAACGCAGCGUCCCCGUCGUGCCGGGGGCUCUGUCCGCGGCUGCGUCCCUCCGGCUCCUUCCCGUACGACUCGGAAAUUCGGAAGUGGUUUGUGUCUUUAACCUGCUUGUUUUGAGGCUGCUCCGCUUCGCCCCCUCCAGCGCCGUGCCCGGCUCCCCUGGCCCGCGGGAGCUUUGCUGAGGACCCGGUCCCCGCGGGACGGCAGCGUGUGGGUGCCUUUGGCGAGCUCAGGUGGCCGUUCAGCCCGCCCGGCCGCUGGGCUGCUGCUGGCCAGGAGGUGUUUUUGAGGUGAGGAUACCCACACUCGCGACAUUUGGGUUGGGGGGUGCAGGAGCUGCCACCUGUCCUGCAGCCCGUGGGAGCCAUGGGAAGAGUAUGGAAAAGGUGGGGGCUCCUGGGGAAGCGCGGUGCUGCGCCCCACGGACCCGCCGGCACCCGCCGGGCUGGAAGGCUCUCCUGCCCGUGGUCCUGCCAGGCCUGGGUGCUGCACCGCGCUUCCCGGGGUCAGCUGCAGCGGAGCCUGGCGGCAGCGCGGCUCCAAAGCCGCCGACCUCCUGCGGGGCCGGGCUGUGCUGGCGGGGAAGCCCUCCCGGCCCUGCCUGCUCCGCUCCAGCCCGCCCUGCGCCCUUCUCAGGCCACGGGUGGGCAGGGAUAAGGCGCAGAGGCUUGGAUGCACGUGAGGAAGCCGGGAAGGGGACUGGCGUUUUUGCUGGUGCUCAGCGGCACCUCGGCUCCAGCCCUGGGCUAACAGAAACCCUCGUUGCAGUGGGUUCGCGGUAUUUUUUCCCCCAUUUUUAUAGUAGGCCAAGAUCAAAACGUUGCGUAGGGGUUUGUCACAACCGCUGGCUGAUGGGCGCCAUCCAAACCGCUUAAACCAUGCAGCAUAGGUUCAGGUGGAGCUCAGGCCUGGAGGAAAGCGUGCCCGAACCCCCGGCUUCGUGAAAUACUUUCCAAGGUGUGAGCUUUUAGGCAGCAAACAACAACGCGCUGCUUUUUUUUCCCCUAAGAUUAAAAAAAAACUGGAAAACACUCGGCUGAGCAUACAUUUGUGUUGUCUUUAGGACAAGGGUGAGGGAGCCGCUGGCUCUCUUACGCCUCUUCAGCUUGCAGCCUUCGGUUUGUGCAGAAUCACUACUGCAUUUUAUUUUGAUUUUUUUUUAAAGACUGUGAAAUGUGCAAAGCUUUUAUUUGCAGGAGGGGAGGCGCAUUACAAACCAGUAGUUGUCAUUUUUUGGGGCCGUAAGGCUUGAUGGUAGCUGUGUAAAUAGCUGUGACAGCUCCGGGCGGGAUGGUAGCACGUCCCUGGUUUCACCUUUACCUCAGCGCGUGCACCACCGUCACGGUGUCGCCGAGCUUAUGCCCAGUGUGCGGCCUUCACGCACAGGUCCUUUUAUCACAUGUAGCGUUAGCAUUUACUCUCCCCCACAGGAGGGGAAGAAUUAAUCCCGCUGCACGACCCGCCUCGGUGCCGCUGCCUCGAAGUCACUGGGUUUCACUGCACUGGUAGCGCGUAGCCGUUACCUGGGCGGUCGCUGGCAGUUCGUUUGUCCCGGGAGCAGCGAUGCACCCGCGCGCGUUCGGGAGGGUUCCGGCAGUAGCAGCGAGCCUGCUCGCGCUGAUAGCGGCAGCGUGCAGCUCAGGGGCUGGGAGAAAUGCAAGCUGUUCUUGAUAACACGGCAAGAACGGACGUCCGGGAGCGUCAGCAGGGGCCGAGGCCUCAGACAGCUUUAGCAGCGUGCGCAUCAGCUCCACACCUGGUAACUGGAGCUGAAACGUAGCCCCCCCCCCCAGCUGUUUAAUCUGCAGCUCAUUUUGCUGUAUUUAUUCGUGCGCUUCCGCCCUGAUGUUGCAUGUUCUCAGCAGAAACAGGAUGCGUUUCUUUUGCACUGAUGUACAGGGUUUGUAUCUCGGCGCUCCAGCGACCGGGACUGGCUUGGCGUUAGCCGCGGCGGCUCUUGCUGCGGGCAGCGAUGUUUGGCGUCACACUGCGCGUUAUAAACCCGCGCGUGGAAAAGGGUGUUCGCGGAAACCACCGACUUCCUUGUGGAAUGAAUGGGGUGGGUGGGGGGGGGAGCAGCGGGGGCUUCUCGCCUUACGAACACUGUGAAUUCACUAAUUGAUCGGCAACACCUGAAAAAUGUAAAGCUUUUAAUUAAAACAAUUUUUUUAAAAAAAGGUGUUUUACACUGUUGGCUUACUUGUAAUGAGGAGGGGAGGAGGCGCUGCGAGGGAGACGCAGCCGUACGCCAGAGGAGCCGUUACAAGAGGCGGGUCAAGGUCUGCCAGCUUUGCUUUCUGACAGCCCUAAGCUCAAGGGCUGCAGGAAGUGGGUGAGUGAGGGUUACCUCUGGCGAGGGGCCGGGGCGGUCCCAGCCUGGGCUGGACGCGGUACCCAGCCCCUUCUGCCUGCAUUUACGCUGAAGGGACAAAGCAAUGCGGCAGCUUUGUUUUCCGUUUUCAUCCGCUUAAUGCUACUUUCUGCACAGUCCUUCUUCCUCACAUAGCAGUAACUGGAAAAAGGAGAAAUACUGAAGUGAUUCAGUUUCGGUGAUCCUUAAGUUCAUAUUCACUUGCCGCCACAGCGGUCGCCAGGAGGGAUGCCACGUCUCCGGCAUCCCUUCCCCGCAAGGUCAGGUACAGCUGCAAACCCUCCCACUACCGAGUUCCCCUCCCUGCACGCGCUGUAACUCUGGGAAAUCUGAUAUUCAGGUCGAAUGGAUCACGCCAGAGUCCUUCAGUCAGUAGUUUUUUUCUGUAAUUAGUCUGAAAAUACCCGUAUGCCACAAUACAGAGAGCGAGACAGGCAGGUGUCCUCGCCAGUAACCAAAGACCAAACGUUUCAUGUCCCCCAGCCUCCCGGCAGGGCGCCGCACUACCCCAGGCGCGGUUUUACUGACCUCUUGGAUUGUUCUGGCAAACUACUUGUUGUAAUGAUGACACCUCACGGCCGCCUUCUGUUAGCUUUUGUAAAGUAACACCUUUCAGAGACACCGAGGACUUUGUCCUUUGCCGGAAGGAAGGUUGGCAGGAACUUCUUACUUGAAACACUGUAAAGAAUUGUUUUCUUGGAAUUUAAGGAUCGUCAGCGAUGGUGAGGAUGGGGUAGAUGUGACGAUUCUGUGACUCUCUCUACUGUGUAUUUAAGGAAAGAGCGGUGUAAUUGCCCACAGUUAGAGACAAUUUAUAUAAUUAAAGGGGAAAAAAAACCCAGCACUCUAGCUUUUUCUUCUUAAAUAUUAAUUCACACCCCAUUUCAGCAGGCAGCAAAGCAGCCCUAGGGAUGAUGCUUCUCAGGGGCUGCUGGCUCCCACCCGCUCUGACAGAGCAAAGAUGCGCAGCUGGGCCUCGAGGUGGCCGGUCGGGGUGGCGAAAUGGAAACCCAAGGUCUAGUUGGAGCAUUUGUAACCAGCUGAGGACGUCCCAACAGAGACGGCCGUAAAACCCUGUGCCGGGACACCACAGCAAGGCCUGGGCGCGUAACGCCGUCGCGUCGCUCAGAGCUGCGCGAGGCUCCCGCCUGCUGCAAGCUGGGCCCUUCAGUACCUUAAAUUCACCAGCUCUGGUCGGAACGGGGUUGUGACGGGAGCGCAGAUUUAGUCCUUAAAGAGUGCGUAGAGGCGAGAAUGCGUUACUGCUUCUUCUGACGCGUUUUAAGUCGGCGUUUGGUUUUUAUUUA